AGGGUUACAACGAACGUACUGCAUCGCUGAAUCACCCUCGCGCGCUGGAGCCUCACAUUCUCUUUUCUUCUUAGUGCGCGCAGACGCCUUUCUCUGUCCCUCUCGCCGUUCUCCACCCAGUCCCUCGCUCACCAAGUCAAUAGAACUCUACCAGCCUUUUAUUAAUAUUACUAUUCUCUUUCCCGAUCGUGUUCCUUCCGGGGGAAAGUCAAGCACCGCUUUCUUUAUGCGAAGCACGUCUGAGAAAGUGGCUACGGAGGCGCAGGCAGCGGCGCCGCCGCCGCGCCAGUGGCACCGGCUGAGCGCCGCUGAAUUCUACGUCUACGUGGUGGCCUUCCUGUGCGGCGUCUCCAUGAUGAUGCCAGUGAACGCUGUCUUCUCCGCACCGUCGUACAUCACAACCUACUACCUCUACGCAACGCACAAUCCGGAUUUUGUGCCGUCCAUGACAAACUUCUGGUCUAAUGUGAUGACCUAUUAUAACCUGAUCGGCCUGGUCACGUGCUUGGUGAUGGAGCCGCUGACGCUGCUGAAGGGCUUCCGCCGUAUCCCGAUGCUGGUGCGUCUGCUUGGCGGCUUAUGCAUUCUUAUUCUCGAGAUUAUCGUGCUGAUGGCGGUUCCGGCUCGCGGCACGAACGAAGGCGGUGCGGUGGCUGCGAUCUGCAUGGCCGGUUUCAUUGGCGGCUUCGGCAAGAGUAUCUUCGAGUCCACGGUCUACGGCAUGUUCAGCGCCUUCCCUCCCACCUUCAUGGCGCUGUCGUGCCGGAGCUCACCGGCGAGGCUGCCCGCGUCCACCUUGCUCUUGACACCACCCAGGUCACCAAAGUGCAGACGAGCAAAGCUGUUGAAGCGGAGCAUGACGAGGGCCACAAAGGUCGUCGCCUGA